AUGGAUCCCGUUUGCCCUCCGGGGCUGCUGCUCCUGCCUCUGCUCCUGAUUGGGAAUGGGCUAAUCGUUGCCACACAACGCGCAACAGGCAAUAACGCCGAAGUCUGCCUCCUGCCCAUGGAAGACGGACCCUGCCGGGCAUUGAUCCCGAAAUACUUCUAUGAAAGGGCCUCGCAGAGCUGCCAGAUGUUCUACUACGGGGGCUGCUACGGCAACGCCAACAAUUUCGAAACUUUGGAUGAAUGUAAAGACGCUUGCUGGAGAAUAGAGAAGGUUCCAAAAAUUUGUCGGAUGGAAAUUGGUCCGAAGAAGUGUGGAGUGUCCAGUGAGGAUUAUUUUUUCGAUCUCGCUACCAUGUCAUGUGAAAAAUUCAGUUCUGGUGGCUGUCAGAGCAGUGGUAAUAGUUUCCCAGAUCGAAAUUCCUGUGAGAAGUUCUGUUUACCAAAGAGAGCUCCGUCAUUUUGCUACACUCCAAAAGAUGAAGGAGUUUGUGCUGCUAAUGUGACUCGUUAUUAUUUUAAUGCAAGAUAUAAAGAAUGUGAAGCCUUCAGAUAUACUGGCUGUGGAGGGAAUAACAAUAAUUUUGUUUCCAUGGAGGAUUGCGAAAGAGUUUGUGCAAAAGGUAUCCUGAAGGAGAAAGAUAAAAAGAAACCAGGAAGACUACGAAGUAGAAAAGUCAUGAGAAUUCGAAGAAAAUAUUUUAAUCAAUACAUUGAUGAAAGGGCAUGA